AGCGUGGAGCUCUUCUACCUCCACGCCCCUGACCACGGGACCCCGGUGGAGGAGACGCUGCGUGCCUGCAAUGAGCUGCAUAAAGAAGGAAAGUUCAAAGAACUCGGUCUCUCAAACUAUGCGGCGUGGGAGGUAGCAGAAAUCUGCACCAUCUGUAAACACAACAACUGGGUGGUCCCAACUGUGUACCAGGGCAUGUACAAUGCAACCACUCGCCAGGUGGAGACUGAGCUGUUUCCUUGCCUGAGAUACUAUGGAUUGCGGUUCUACGCCUACAAUCCGCUCGCUGGAGGGCUGCUGACAGGGAAGUACAAGUAUGAGGACAAAGACACAAACCAACCCCCUGGAAGAUUUUUUGGGAAUGACUGGGCUCAGGCCUACAGGGACAGAUACUGGAAAAAGCACCAUUUUGAAGCAGUUGCCCUGGUAGAAAGAGCUCUAAAGGAUACUUAUGGUUCCAAUCCACCAAGCCUGACCUCUGCUGCUUUGCGUUGGAUGUACAAUCACUCCAAACUUCAGGGAUCCCUUGGAGAUGCGGUGAUCAUUGGCAUGUCCAACUUGGAGCAGCUAGAGCAGAACCUUGACUGCAGUGAAGAGGGUCCUCUGCUCCCGGCUAUAGUGGAAGCGUUUGAUAAAGCCUGGAACCUCACUGCACACGACUGCCCCAACUACUUCCGCUAGAAGUUAGGGCAGGGAGAAGAAAGUUAGUGUCAAGGGGCUAGAUAAUCAGAUCUGCCAGGGCCUCAACCACAUGUCUUACGUCUGCUGAACGGAAGAGGUGCUUACCCACCCUGCCCUCUGAUCCACACCACUGGAUUGUGAUCUUCCUAUGUUAAUCAUACUUUGUAGGGUCAGCCUUUCUUGUACCUACGUUAACACUAUUGGCACUUGUCAUGUGGGCCGUGCCUUAUUCUUUCUCAUGCACCUUCACUUCUGCACAGUGUGUAUUAUGAUUUAAAGAUGCAGUUGAUACAGGAAAGCGAUUAUGUAACACAGUGAAGGCCAUGGUUCUUCUUUCAGUUAAUACGGUACCUUAACUUUUACAUAAUGAUCUAUGUACAUGAAUAAAGCCUCCUACUAAUGCAGA